CGCGUGGACAUGACGUCACUCCCGGGGCUCGUGACGUCAUCUCGCCAGGAAGAAAGGCCGCACGUGUCCUGAGCUGUGCUGCUGGUGACUGACUCAGUGAGUCCGCGUGGGUGAGUCGGGGCCGAGCGAGGCCGCCUCCUGCCGCCGCUGGCGAUGGAGGCUCUGCAGGAGUGGGUGGAGGAGCAGCUCCACGAGCUGCUGGGCCUCAGCGACCGCCACCUGGCGCGCUUCUUCCUGGAGCUGGCGCGGCGCAGCGACGGCGCCGGCGACUUCGAGCGCCGCCUGCGCGAGACGCGAACCAUCGACGUGGACGGCCGCGUCUCCGCGUUCUGCGCGCGGCUCUGGGACCGGGUGCCCAAGAAGCAGGUGCAGGAGAAGCCGCAGCGCACGGUGGAGCGGCAGGCGCGGGAGCUGCAGCAGAAGAACCGCUCCUACCGAUUGCUCGACGAGCCUCCCGACGAGGUGGAGGAGGCGGAGGAGGUGAAGGAGGAGGAGGAGGAGGCGGGGGAGCGGGCGAGGAGGGGGGAGCGGGCAGGGGAGACGAAGGCGGCGGCCGCGGGGGAGAGGAGGCGCAAGGACAAGCACGGCAACAUCCGCAAGAGGGAGCGGUCGCCGUCGGAGAGCGGGGGCGACGAUGACGCGCGGGCGACGACCGCCACGGCGGGCGACGUGGACGACCCGGCGAUGGGAGACUCGUCGGAGGACGAGUGGACGCGCGAGGAGCGCGAGCGCGUCGAGGACCUGGCGCAGCGCGACGCCUUCGCGCUGCGCGUGCGCCGCCGCGACGAGGACAAGACGCACCGCGUGGCGGGGCGCAGCGACCGCAAGGCCUACGAAGAGUCGCAGAAGAGGCUGAAGAUGGAGCAGGAAGAGCAGCAGCAAAUGGUGCCGGAGCUGCGCAAGCACUCGCGGCGCGAGUACCUGCAGAAGCGCGAGCGUGACAAGCUGGAGGACCUGGAGGCGGAGGUGAAGGACGAGGAGUACUUGUUCGCCGGCGUGAGCCUCACGGAGCGCGAGCGCCAGCGGCUGGACUACAAGCGCAGCGUGCUGAGCAUCGCGCGCGAGUACCGGCGGGCCGGGGAGCGCGAGCGCGAGGAGCGCAGCAACCGCUACUGCAUGCCGGAGGAGAGCCGCUCCAAGAAAAUCCCCGAGCGCUACGAGGAGCCCUCGUUCGGCGGCGUGGGCGGCACCGCGGCCGGCGAGGAGCGGUCGGCCCCCCGGGAUGAGCAGCAGCGCUGGGAGGAGGCCCACCUGGGCGCCGCCACCAUGCACUUCGGGGCACGCGACGCCGGCCAGAGGAACCGCCAGCCGCAGUACGAGCUGGUGCUGGAGGAGCACGAGACCAUCGAGUUCGUCAGCUCCCUCACCAUCAAGGGCAACGUCGAGAAGGAUGCCGAGGACGCCGACGCGGCGCUGUCGGAGCAGGAGCGCCGGCGCGUGUCCAUGGCGGAGGUGCGGCGCAGCCUGCCGGUGUUCCCGUACCGCGAGGCGCUGGUGGCCGCCGUGGCCGAGCACCAGGUCCUCAUCAUCGAGGGCGAGACCGGCUCGGGAAAAACCACUCAGAUCCCCCAGUACCUCUCCGACGCGGGGUACACGCAGGGCGGGAUGAAGAUCGGCUGCACCCAGCCACGCCGCGUCGCCGCCAUGAGCGUAGCGGCACGCGUUGCCGAGGAGACCGGCUGCAAGCUCGGCAACGAGGUGGGGUACAGCAUCCGCUUCGAGGACUGCACGUCGGAGCGCACGGUGCUCAAGUACAUGACGGACGGCAUGCUGCUGCGCGAGUUCCUCGGGGAGCCCGACCUCGCCGCCUACAGCGUGAUCAUCAUAGACGAGGCCCAUGAGCGCACGCUGCACACAGACAUCCUGUUUGGCCUCAUCAAGGACAUCGCUCGCUUCCGCUCCGACCUCAAGGUGCUCAUCUCGAGCGCCACCCUGGACACUGAGAAGUUCUCCACCUUCUUCGACGACGCCCCGAUCUUCCGCAUCCCCGGGCGCCGCUUCCCCGUCGACAUCUACUACACCAAGGCGCCGGAGGCGGACUACCUGGACGCCUGCGUGGUGUCCAUCCUGCAGAUCCACGUCACCCAGCCCACGGGCGACGUGCUGGUCUUCCUCACCGGGCAGGAGGAGAUCGAGGCUUGCUGCGAGAUGCUGCAGGAGAAGUGCCGCCGCCUGGGCUCCAAGAUCGCCGAGCUGCUGGUGCUGCCCAUCUACGCCAACCUGCCCUCCGACAUGCAGGCCAAGAUCUUCGAACCCACGCCAGUCGGGGCACGGAAGGUGGUGGUGGCCACGAACAUUGCGGAGACGUCGCUGACGAUCGACGGCAUCAUCUACGUGAUCGACCCGGGCUUCUGCAAACAGAAGAGCUACAACGCCCGGUCUGGCAUGGAGUCACUCAUCGUCACGCCCUGCUCCAAGGCCUCUGCGAACCAGCGUGCCGGGCGUGCCGGGAGGGUGGCGGCCGGCAAGUGCUUCCGCCUCUACACCGCCUGGGCCUUCAAGAACGAGAUGGAGGAGACGUCCAUUCCCGAGAUCCAGAGGACCAACCUGGGCAACGUGGUGCUGCUGCUCAAGAGCCUGGGGAUCAACGACCUGAUCCACUUUGACUUCAUGGACCCCCCUCCGCACGAGACGCUGGUGCUGGCGCUGGAGCAGCUGUACGCCCUGGGCGCGCUGAACCACCUGGGGGAGCUCACCAAGCUUGGCAGGCGCAUGGCGGAGUUUCCCGUGGACCCCAUGCUGUCCAAGAUGAUCCUGGCCUCGGAGAAGUACAAGUGCUCACAGGAGGUGCUGACGGUGACGGCGAUGUUGUCGGUGAACAACGCCAUCUUCUACCGGCCCAAGGACAAGGUGGUGCACGCCGACAACGCACGUGUCAACUUCUUUGUGCCGGGCGGCGACCACCUGGUGCUGCUCAACGUCUACACGCAGUGGGUGGACGCCGGCUACUCCACCCAGUGGUGCUACGAGAACUUCAUCCAGUUCCGCUCGAUGCGGCGAGCACGCGACAUCCGCGAGCAGCUCGAGGGGUUGAUGGAUCGCGUCGAGAUGGAGCUCUCCUCCUCCAACGACACCGUCGUCAUCCGCAAGGCGAUCACCGCAGGUUUCUUCUACAACACGUCGCGCCUCACCAAGGGCGGCUACAAGACGGUGAAGCACCAGCAGCAGGUUCACGUGCACCCCAACAGCUGCCUCUUCGACGAGCAACCCCGCUGGCUGCUCUACCACGAGUUGGUGUUCACCACCAAGGAGUACAUGAGACAGGUGAUUGAGAUUGAGAGCGGCUGGCUGCUGGAGGUGGCGCCCCACUACUACAAGACCAAGGAGCUCGAGGACUCCACCAAGAAGAUGCCCAAGAACACGGGCAAGGCGCUGGAGGAGCUUGGGUAGAGGAGGAGCUUGGGUAGAGGAGGAGGCGUCCCUACCGCCGGCUCAGGCCGGCGAUGGCGGCAGAGCAACGACGAAACGCCACCGGCUCCUCGGAUUGUAAAGCCGUUGUGGGUUUACUCCGCCAACACGCAACCGGUUAGUGCUGAACCAGGAACUAAUCGGCCCGUCUUGUUAUCCGUGAGACAAACCGUGCGAAAUUGGCUGUGUCGGCUGGUGGCGGCGGGCUUGACGACAUUCAUAUUCCCGCGAUAUAACCCCAAAAAAAACCCUCUUGAGGGAUAGUGUCGGUCGUGAAAGCCUCCUCCUACUACUACUAGGUGUUAAAUCCCACCUGUUGCGGCUGGACGGGGAUCGAGCGUUCCCUCCUCACUCCGAGACGUCUGUCGCGUUGUGGUCGCGACGUCAACUUUGGAACGCUGCGAGCAGUGUCCGCUUCCUCGCUCGCGUGGAGAGACGACGGCUCUGCCGGGUGACUGUUGCCGCGUGUGUGACUUGUGUUGAUUGAGACUGUUGCGUGAGACUGUUGAUUGAGACUGUUGAUUGAGACUGUUGCGUGUGACCUCACUGUACAUAACGCUUCGCCGCGUGUGUACAGGAUUACCGACGCGUUCCUAUCGCGAAUAAACGCGCCGUUUUUUCAUC